UCGGUGCGUGUCCAUGUCCAUGUCCCUGCCACAUGAUGUGGCUGCCACAUAGCUGUGUGUCCCUGUCCCUGUGUGACUCCUAAACGGAAAUAUUUCCCAAAACCGUGGCCGUGCCGUUAUUAACCCACGACAUACCGAAACAAGCCCCAAAAACAAACCAAAAGAAGGCAAAAGAAAAGAAAAGAGAAGAAAGGACUCCACUCCGAUUGUUGCAUGGUUUGAUUUGAUUGGUAGAUUGACGGUUCGGUUUGACUGAUUGACUGAUUGAAGGCAACAGUUGUUGAGGCGGCAAUGUUUUGGCCGCGUCUCCGUCGACCCGUGAAUUCGUUUCCUUUGGCUAAUUAUGGGACAUUGCGCAAUCGAUUCGAUUGUUGGCUAAAAACAUAAAAAAAAAAACGAAGCUCAAAGAGAAAGGAGCCCUCAAGGGGAGCCACAGGACUACAGGCAGAACUUCUUCCCAGGCAGGACUCGCAGAAGGACCCCGAUGAUGAUGACGUUGAUGUCAUUUGGAAGUCAUUUCGGGAAGAGAAGUCAUUAUUAAACCGUAAAAUCGUAAAACAGAAACGAAGGAGAAAUACCAUCCGCAGAGGGAAUCCAUCAACAAGCAAAGAGAAUCGUGAAAUAUGUCGUCGAAUGAGUACCAGAGACCGAUGAAAUCGGGCAUUUCCUGUUUGCCACUGUGGCUGUGGCAGCUGCUGCUGCUCCUGCUCCUGGACUGCGGCGGCAUGGCGGUGUUCGGCGAGGUGCCACCGCACUACUGGGAGACGCCGUACUCGCAGCCCUACUUCGACAACUCCUCGCGGCGCGAGGUCACCGCCACCGUGGGCCAGGCAGCGCUCCUCCAUUGUCGCGUUCGGAAUCUGGGCGAUCGAGCGGUCUCUUGGAUACGCAAACGGGACCUGCACAUCCUCACGGUGGGGAUUCUAACGUACACGAAUGACCAGCGCUUCCAGUCGCUGCACUCCGAGGGCUCCGAUGAGUGGACGCUGCGCAUAUCGUCGCCGCAGCCAAGGGACUCGGGCACAUACGAGUGCCAGGUAUCCACAGAGCCAAAGAUCAGCCAGGGCUUUCGCCUGAAUGUCGUGGUGUCAAGGGCCAAGAUCCUGGGCAACGCGGAGCUGUUCAUCAAAAGCGGCAGCGACAUCAAUCUCACGUGCCUCGCGAUGCAGUCGCCGGUGCCACCGUCGUUCAUCUACUGGUACAAGGGCAAGCGGGUGAUGAAUUACUCGCAGCGCGGUGGCAUUAACGUCAUCACAGAGCGCUCGACGCGCACCAGCAAGCUGCUCAUCGCCAAGGCGACACCGGCGGACUCUGGGAACUACACCUGCUCCCCGAGCAGCUCAGACUCUGCCUCGGUGGUGGUGCACGUCAUCAACGGUGAGCAUCCGGCGGCCAUGCAACAUGGCAACAGCAGCGCCAGCUGCCUCCUGCGCCGCCUCCGCCACACAUCAGCAGUGCCUUUGCCUUUGCCACUGGUCGCCAUCGCCACGACGAUGUGGCUGUUGGCAGCGGCUGUCACCUGCAACUGGAGCAACAUUGCCGCAGGCCUCCUGAAUGUCUGGAGUUGGAGCUGAUGCAACAGCGCCAGAGGAAGCAGAAGCAACAUCCAGAGCAGAAGCUGCCGCAUGACUGCAUCUCCUCCUUCUCCUCCUGCUCCUGCUGCUCCUUAAGGAAUGCAUUUAAUGCGGAGAGCCAGAGGACUCGCAGGAGAAGCGGCGUUUAUUACGAACUAUAGUGUACAUACAGUGUGUCCUUUAAACGAAGAGUAUUAUCUAUAAGACAUACAUAUAUGGGGUAUCCCCCACCCACCCAUCCAGCAGGCGGGUGGCAGUAUUACGAUGGAACUUUUAACCAGGAAAACAGAUGAAAAUCGAGAGAAAAGUCCUGUAGGCAAUGCACUAGAGAGAGGUGCCUGCUGCGAGGAAGAGAAGGAGGAGUCCUCCUACAGCAUGUGCCUCCCACAGAAACCCCAAAAAUCCCAUCCCAAAACCAUUUUCAAGCUUUUGUUUUUCCACCAAUUACAAUUUUAAGUUAAAGGACACAAAAAUGAGUCCGAAUGUUCCACGGGAAAAAAGAUUUUCCAUGGUUCCAGAUCACAUAUUCCUCCAGUUUGGGCUUCAAAUUCGACCCCUAAAAGUCCCUGCUCCACUCAUCGAGAACUCUCAAGUGAGAUGUUCUUUUCUUUUUACUUACCUUUUGAAUUCUUCCCUUUUGAAUGCCUCAUCCCCAUGCAGCACACUCUAAACCAAAAGCAAAACAAACAAAAAAAGAAGGAAAAGAUAUAUAGAUGAUUAUUCGGUGUAUUUUAUGGAUAGGAUUUUUAUCUGGUUGUCAGCCGCAAAAGAAAAAAUAAAACAAAAGAAAAUGUUCUACGUAGAGUCCAUCAUCUAGUUACUGUGUAAAAUAUUCAUUUACUGAUAAACUGUACAUUUAGAAGCUCGGUUUUAAGUGCGGAUUAAAAGGAUUAACAGAUUAAAAGGAUUAACGGAUUAACGUAAGCUAUAAGCGGUUGGAUGGUUGGAUUGGAUCCCUGAAACGCAAUCCUCUGGGAACCAGAGAAUAGACAAAUUAUUACAGAAAUUAUUACAAAAACAAAAACAUAAGAAAAAGAUUGAAAGCUAAAAGUAUGUUUUUCUGUUUUAAUGCAAAAUGCAAAAAUAACACAAGCAAACAACAAACAAAUAAACAGAAUGUU